UCGGCGCCGCGAGCCGAGGUGUCGCCCGCGCCCGCUCCCGUGUCGCCGCCGUGCCCGCGAGCGGGAGCCGGAGUCGCCGCCGCCCGAGCGCAGCAGAGCGCACGCCAAGCCCGUCCGUCGCCGCCAUGGCCACCACGGUGACUUGCACCCGCUUCACCGACGAGUACCAGCUCUACGAGGAUAUUGGCAAGGGGGCUUUCUCUGUGGUCCGACGCUGUGUCAAGCUCUGCACCGGCCAUGAGUACGCAGCCAAGAUUAUCAACACCAAGAAGCUAUCCGCCAGAGGUAGGGAAUGGCUGUGCUGGCUGGUGUGGGCCGGGGGCCGGGGCUGGAGCCGGUCCUGAGGGAUCGGCCUCGGCC